AUGUCAGCGUCAAUACUGGCUGCCAGCUUUGCAAGUCUGUCGCUGAAGAUAUCGGAUCCAAAACUCAUGAAGCAGGCUAGAGUCCAAUACGCCAGCGCACUAUGUCAAACGAAUCAAGCACUUAGCUCUCCGAAACUUGCCGUCGAGGAUAGCACUCUAGCUGCCGUUCUGCUCCUGGGACUGUUCGAGGCCAUCGUCUUUUCCGGCCAGCAGUCUAUGGAUAGCUGGAACCAGCACACGCUUGGAUCCGUAGAGUUGUUACGCCUGCGUGGAAGUCAGCAAUUCGAGACCCCCCUCGGCCGCAAGCUUUUUGUUCACUCUGCGAAUAACAUCCGCACGAGUUGCGCGCACAGUAAAACACCUGUCCCGACCCGAUUCAUAACGCUUUACGAUGAUGCGCAGCCGUAUCUUGAUCACAACGAUCCCUUCCUCAGAGUCACCCCUAUUCUCGACAGGGUCGCCAUGCUACGGUCAAGAAUAGCCUAUUUGGAGGACUCAGAGAGACAUGAGGUUCUUGUCGAAGCUCUGGAUCUGGACGCGGCGACAGCGAAGCUUGGGCAGGAAGUCUCGGCAGAGUGGAGGUUCACGGCAAGGAACCCGUAUGAGAAGGCACCAAUGACAUACAAGGGAAUAUCUUUCCGCUAUCCUUCCCUUCGAGCGUUGCGGUACUGGAACUCCUUAAGGAUCAUUCGCAUGUUUCUCAACGACCUUAUCUGGAUGCAGGCAUCCUUAAUCCUCGCUCAGGGGCCGACAUCAGCCAGUGUAGGCUACUUUGCCAUGCAGGAGGCCGCGACGCGGAAAAUGUCAACUCUGGUGGUCGAGGUACUCGCCAGUUGUGGCGAAUAUCUAGAGACAACGGAAGACCGAUUUUCCGUGACGGCGAGAUGCUUGAUCUGGCCAUUAUCGGUCAUUGCUGAGAUAUCCAUCACGCCCCCAGACGCCCGGCGAUUCGCUCUCGACUGCUUGGGCCGGCUGAGCCGCGACGGCCGUAUCCCACGACCGAUUGAAGUCGCAAACACAAUGAUGGGCCUCCAGGCAGACUGGUAA